UUAACUUUUUAUUAAGUGUUUGAAAAAUAGUCUUUACUCAAAAAUGCGAAAAAACUACUGUCUCGUGUGUCAGUUGUAUGGGUGACAAAAAUCAGCUGUAUCAUUGAAAUUAUUUAUGUAUACACAUGUGUGUACAUGAAGAAGUGACAAGAUUUUCCGCGCCUUUAGAAAAUGAAGCUAUUGGUUUCAAUUCUACUGCAACAGCCAAAAUUACUGAGAUGUCAUCCAACUUUGCAUCUCUUUCACAGCAAUGUAAUUGCAAGAUUUGAAGACAAUGCCGGUGCACAAAAGAAUGAAAAUCAAAUUAACGAAGAACUUGCAAAUAUCAUUAAUUUGAGAAAAAGUAACUACAGCAGUUGGAUAAUCGAGUCGAAAAUAGAUUCACUUUGUAAAAGAUAUAACGCACUCAACACGGAUGACCGAUCAAAAUUCUUGCUACUACUUGCCAGAAAAUACACCAUUGAUCAUGAAAAAAUAUGUGAAAUCGCAAAAAGAAUUGCGUGCACUAAGCCAAACGAUCCUAGCCAGCUGAUCUCAAGAGAAAAAGCUUUGAAGGAAGCACUUGUAGCCCCUUAUCACUGGUUAUUUGCACUCAUUGGGAGAUUGGAGAGCGGUGUCAAGUUCUUGGUUGAUUUCAGAGCAAAUGUUCUGGAUCUCCUAAGUCAGUCUUCCAGAGACUCCAGUGAUAUUAUCAAUCUUAGUGUAAUGGAUGGUACUCUGAGAGAUUUGUUAUACUUAUGGUUUUCAGUUGGCUUUAUGAAAGCUGAAAGAGUUACUUGGCAGACGUCCUGUGAUAUUCUACAAAAAGUUUCUGAUUACGAAGCCAUUCACCCUGUGAAAAACUGGACUGACCUCAAGAGACGUGUCGGGCCAUAUAGGAGAUGUUUUAUUUUCACUCAUCCUUCUAUGCCGAGGGAACCUUUAGUUGUAUUACAUACAGCACUAAGCGAUACAAUUCCUGAUUCUGUCAAAGGAAUCCAAGAAGCAGAAAAUCGGAUUGUUGGCAGAGUUCUAAGCAAUCAAGAGAGGGUGGACGAAGAUAAGUCCAAAAUCAAAGCUGCUAUUUUCUAUUCAAUAGCUUCUACCCAAAUUGGCUUGCAAGGGAUCGAAUUAGGAAAUUAUUUAAUAAAAGAAGUGGCAAAGCAUAUAACUGUAGAGUUUCCAGGAAUAGAAAAAUUUUCAACCUUGUCGCCUAUACCGAAUUUCAGAGUAUGGCUUCUAGAUAGAAUGAAAAGAGACAUAAACCAAGUAUUCACAAAAACGGAGCAAGAAACCAUAACAGCUGAUUUGAAUAACAGUCAGAUACGUUGUAUGAAUAAUUUGUACCUAAACUUGAAAAAGGCAUUUAAUACUUCUCUUUGGGUAAAUGACACAAAGUUGGCAGCUUCUCUAAAAGAACCGUUGUUAAGAUCUUGUGCGUGGUACUUGUACCAAGAAAAACGGCGAAACUACGCAUUGAAUAAUGUGGCUAAUUUCCAUUUACGUAAUGGAGCUGUAAUGUGGAGACUGAAUUGGAUGGCAGAUCCUUCGCCACGAGGAAUGGCACAAAGCUGUGGAAUUAUGAUUAAUUACAGAUAUUUUUUAGAUGAGACUGAAUCAAACAGCAGAAAUUAUAUAGAAAAAUAUUGUAUUAAAGCUUCGAACAAAAUCACCGAUCUAGCUAAGGAAGCUGAAAAGUUAUAUUCUAGUCAGUAAAUAUAAAUAAGUGAAAAAUUUAAGUCACCGAAUCACAUAGAUUUCAGCAGACUUUCAAUACAAUUUUACACAAGUUGGGGGAAGAAA